ACGAUGCAGGUGGGCUUUGAGUGCCCGCCUCUCGAAUUUGUCCAGGAGUCUCCAGUCAGUCACCUGACCCCAGAUUGUUGGCUGAUCUUCUUGCCGCUCCUCUUCAUCGCCGCUCCAGUCCUCAGUGCCCAUCAUUCUCUCAUUUUUCAUUUUUUCUCUCGUUUUCUCUGCCAGACCAUCUCCACGCCCGAGUUGUGCUUCCUCAUGAACUUCAGUCUGAUGUUCAAUCACAGCCUCGGCAAGAACAUCAACUCCACACAGCAGCUGCAGCAAGUCGUGUCAUUUCUGGCCACGCCCGUGCGGACCACCUCUCUGUGGAAAAACCUGACUGAAGAGCAGAAAGCGCUAGCAGCGAACACAUACCUGAGGAGUGCAGAGCAGGCUGUCUUGAGUCUAGUGGACACGUCUGUGGGGCCAUCGAGAACAAAUGUGACCACUGAAAAUCUAGCUGUGGACGUGUUGAGGAUUCCAUUCAACGAGAUGCUGCUGAACAAAACGGAGGUCUUAGAAGCGGGCGAUAACAAGCUGCAAGUGAAGGUCCGGAGUCUUUUUGAGGACAAAUCCAAAGGCUUCUCCACAAUCAGCUUUUUGUCCUUUUCUGGAAUGGAGUCCAUCCUUAGUGGGAGCUUCUUAGGGAACAAAUCCAAAGAGAACAACGUGCUCUCCCAGGUGGUGGCAGUGGGCUUGGACAGCGGGCAUCCAAGGAGUCUCUCUGAGCCCAUCAAGAUUUCCUUCUCCCACAAAAAGCACCAACAAGGUGACAUGCAGCCGCUCUGCGUCUUCUGGAAGUUCGAUGGACAGGUGGGCUCCUGGUCCCCAGAAGGCUGUGACAUCUUCAGCUUUGAUGACAACUUCACCGUGUGCAACUGCAGCCACCUCAGCAGCUUUGCGGUUCUGAUGCGAAUGUCGGAGCCCAAGAAAUUCGAAGAUCCCACCCUGUCCGUAAUCAGCCACAUCCUGAUCACCACAUCCCUGGUGUGCCUCACCCUGGCGAUUGUCACCUUCCUUUUCUGCCGCUCCAUUCAGAAGGCCACCAAAGCCAUCCACUUGCACCUCAGCCUCUGCCUCUUUGUGGCACACCUGCUCUUUUUGCUGGGAAUAUCCAGGCACAGCAUGAAGGUCCUGUGCUCGGUCAUCGCUGGCCUGCUCCACUACUUCUACCUGGCCUGUUUCGUCUGGAUGUGCCUGGAGGGGGUGCAGCUCUUCCUGCUGGUCCGUAACCUGAGGGUGGUCAAGUACAGCACCCGGCAGGGCAUACGGCGGCGGUACCUCGUGAUGUUGGGUUACGGGGUCCCGGCAGUCAUUGUGGCCGUAGCGGCUGGGACGUUUUCGAAUGGCUAUGGAACGGAAAAGCUCUGCUGGCUGAGCCACGACAGGGAGUUCCACUGGAGUUUCCUCGGCCCCGUUUUCUUUAUCAUUGUGGUCAACAUCGUCCUCUUCAUCUCCAUCCUGUGGAUUCUGCGAUCAAAGCUGGGCGACCUCAACACCGACGUGUCCAAAGUCAAAGACAAGAGGAUGCUGACCUUCAAGGCUGCCUCCCACUGCUUCAUCAUGGGCUGCACUUGGAUCCUGGGCUUCUUCCAGAAAGUCAUAGUGUUUGAAUACCUCUUCGUCAUCGUCAACGCCCUGCAGGGACCCUUCAUCUUCCUCAUGCACUGUGUGCUCAACCACCAGGUCAGAGCAGAGUACAAGCAAUGGCUGAGCGUUGUUCUCCACAGAAAGAAGGACAUGUCCGAGUCCUCGGUAUCAACAGUUGGCAUGAAGACCCUGAUGGGUGCCCAAGCUCGUUUCUGUGCCUAUCACUCUGAGCUGCACCAAAUAGCUGUUGGCUGCACCACGGCUAUCACACUUAUUCAAGGUGGCAUGGUUGAAAGGGUGAAGGUGCCAAAGGUACCCGAGGUGCUCGUCAAGCCCACAAGGAAGGAGAAUCAAAAGCCAGCACAGAAGUCGGGCACAGCUGGGUUUGGCUCCAUUGAGCACCAUGUGGGUUUCGCUUGGAUUUUUUUGCUUCUUUGGGGUCUUUAUGACGGUACCAACGAGUGCGAAGAGACCCCGCAUCUCUGCGGUCCUCAUGCCGAAUGUGCCAACACAGCCCGGGGCUUCUACUGCACCUGCAAGGGGGGCUACACAUCCAGCAACGGCAUGAGGACCUUCAGAGCCCACCAGGCCACCUGCCUAGUCUUUGACUUUCCCACCGACAGCGAAGUCGACUAUCACCCCUUUAAAGAAAGCGAGUUCAGGUAUCGACAAGAAUUUGACCUAAGUGACGCAUUUCUGGACUACGAGGCAUCAGGACGAGAAAUGGACAUCUCGGGGCUUGUGGAGUCGAGCAGCACCAUGGUGACCUCAGACAUGGUCGGUGCGAAAGGAAGCAGGGGUCAGCGGGGACAGUGGCAGGGACAGCACGAUGACGGCUACAGCACUCCAAACGAACAUACAAAGAGGAGCUGCAAUGCCAGCCUUCUCAGUAAGACCCCCAUGGUGCUGUCAUUGUGUGUCCAUGGAGUUGGUCCACCACCACAGCACCAAGCAGUACCUGCUCCACGUCUGAGGCUCCUGACAUGUUCUUACCUUCUCUAUCCUGCUGCCCCAUCAGUUUCAGAUGCUAAUGUCUGCACUUUGUCGCAGCCUGAAGACCGCCGCCAGCUGUCCCGCUCUUCAUCUCCCCUGUUAUGCCUGCUCCAGAAGUGUCUGUCCUGCUCCGCCACACAGCAUCUGGAGAAGUUGUCCCAGAAUCUCGGCGAGGUGCUCAGUUCUCCUGCUUCGUGGACGAGCCUUCCUCCCACAGACAAAGCCCUCAUCACCGAGUCCUUCCUGCAAGAAGCGGAGGCGACCAUCUUGAACUUAACAGACGUCUCCAGCGCUGCUCAGAAGGCGAGACUCACCUUGAACAUGAGUCACCUUGCCGCAGAGCUGAGGACAAUUCCACGGAAUCGAAGUCCGCCCCCCGAACGGGAAGUUUUACUGAUCAACGGAAAUCAACUGGAAGUGAAACUCGCCAGACUUGUGGAGGUGAAGACUGAAGAUUCCCUGAAGAUCGGCUUCAUUGUUUACAACGACAUGGCGUCUCUGGUGUCGGACAGCUUCAUCGAUGGCUCCCUCAGAGAACGUCACUCCACCACGCUCAACUCUCUGGUGGUCACGGCUGUUCUCGGAGAAGCUAAGUCACAGCGGCUGCCUGAACCCGUAGAGCUGACCCUGCGGCACCUGACAGUAAGACGCCCACCUCCAUGGCAUCAUCUACAAGGGCAGUACAAAGAAGACAGUCAGAUGAUCUGCGUCUACUGGAAGUUCAACCAAAACAGCAGCUCCUGGUCCCAAGAUGGCUGCCAUGCCACUGUGUCCAAUGCCACCCACACCACCUGCUCCUGGAAUCAUCUCACCAGUUUUGCCCUCAUCAUGGCCAUCAAGGCCCCAGAGCCAGCCUAUGACGGCGUCCUCGUGGUCCUCAACUACGUCCUCGUGACCUUCUCCCUGGUCUGCCUCAUCCUCGCCGUCCUGACCUUCCUCCUGUGCCGCUCCAUUCAGAAGGCCACCACAGUCGUCCACCUGCACCUGAGCCUCUGCCUCUUCUCGGCCCACCUUCUGUUUCUGGUUGGCGUAUCCCGAAGCAGCCACCGGGUCCUCUGCUCGGUCAUCGCGGCCCUCCUGCACUUCCUCUUCCUGGCCUGCUUCUCCUGGAUGUGCCUGGAGGGCAUCCAGCUCUUCCUGCUGGUCAGAAACCUGCGCCAGGUGAAGUAUGGCAGCCGGCAGGGCGUGCGCCGCAGGUACCUGCUGCUGCUGGGCUACGGGGCUCCGUCGCUGGUGGUGGCCGUGGCGGCCAGCGUGUUCGCCGAGGGCUACGGGAGCGACACGCACUGCUGGCUGAGUCGUCAGAAAGGAUUCUUCUGGAGUUUCCUGGGCCCCGUCUGCCUUAUCAUUGCUGUCAAUUGCGUCCUCUUCGUGUCCAUCCUGUGGAUUCUUCACUCGCAGUUAGGAGGCCUCAAUGCCGACGUAUCCAAAAUCAAAAGUACCAGGAUGAUGACGUUCAAGGCCGCUGCCCACCUGUUCAUCAUGGGCUGCACUUGGGCUCUGGGCCUCGUCCAGCACGUCCGCGUCUUUGAGUAUCUCUUUGUCAUCGUCAACGCCAUGCAGGGUCCUUCCAUUUUCCUCAUUCAUUGUCUGCUGAACCAACAGGUCAGAGAUGAGUACAGGAGAUGCCUGCACAGGACCUCCGAAAAGAGGGACACCACUGUGACUUUGGGGUCAUCCAUCCCGCUUGGCACCUUAACAGCCAACCCCACCGAGGAGACCACUGUCAUUAAAGACAACUGAAGGAAAAGCUCCAUUAGAAGAGACAUGUGGUGUGCACUCCAUGUGUAAAGCUGAAAUAAACGAGUGGGGCAGAAGGUCCGGGCAUCUCGUCACACUGGGCCACCCACUAGUCACCGUCCAUAAUGGACCCCCGCACACCUGUCCCCCUCUCAGCGCCCCUCUGUGGUCCUCCGUUAGCCAAGGGCCCAUUGUGGAGUUCUGGGACUCUGAGCUGAAACCCGGUGCUGGCAUCAGUUUCUCUGCUUAGUGCCCUCUGAUGCCCACACUGCCAGCCUCAUCCCUGCAUUGUCUUGUACAGAUUUGAAAAUGAAGGCCAUCAUCUUCAUAUAGUGGGCUCUUAAAUAACUACGCUUAUUAAGCACUGCUUUCCAACCGGCGGCGCCAUUGAUCACGCUGUCACCCGUGUCCAGUCAUGCCAUUUCUCAGUCUCAAGACCACUGCCAGCAUCCUCAGCCCCUUUUCACACUUCUAUGUUCUUCCCUCAAUGGAUGCAGCAGCCAAUCAGAAGGCUUAGCUCCACCUACUUAGUGCCACCAGAAGAGCCGCAUGCCAAGAGCUACCAGAGUGUGGCACAGUGUACAGAAUCGAAGGAGACCAUCUGCAAGGUCACAACUGAAUCAAAGGCCAGGGCACUGGUGGCCCACCAUGAGCCGAGUCACCAAGGAUGUGGCCAUUUGAAGGGGGGCUUCAGUAGACACAUUCAUCCACAAAGAAAAAUGAAAUAAAUCAAUCGAGGGGGCACCCGACCAGUGUUAGCGCCCAUGUGACCAUUCCAGUGGCACUGGCACUGUGCACAGUGCCCCCUACAGAGAGAUGACA